AUGGUGGUCCAUCCCGAUUGCCCCGGUCUCGAGGCCAGCGUUGUCGUCAACGAUGACGUCCUCAAGGAGUAUGACGACCGGACGCAGGUACCAGCAAAGACAGUCGAACGUUACGUGGAAGCUCAAACUGGAGCCGAGUUCGAAGUGCACUUCCGCUUCAGCCACCCUUUCCCGACCGAUCGCGCCGUGUCCAUGAUAGUCACCGUCGACGGAAAAGACGUAGACGAGCCUCUUGUGCGAUCGCGGGACCUGUGCCGCAAGGUUCAUGCUAGCCAGGGUUCCAUCUCUAAUGUUGGUUCCGAGCACUACGUCCAGAAGUUCCGGUUUGCUGAGUUGGACAUCGAGGAAGGGGAUUUCCAGGCGGUGCCUGAGCAUGUCAAGCAAAGGCUUGAGCCGGUCGGGACGAUCACUCUCAACUUCUACUUCCUCGAGAAUGCGCGCCAGAACACCUGGUUAGAAGUCGAGCGCAAAGAGAUACGGGAGCUUGGAACGGUCAGCGAGAAGGCUGUCGUCAAGGGUGCGGCGCUUUCUCAUGCAGUCAGCCUGGCCGAACCUGAGACAACUCAAAACGUGGAGUACUUUGAUGCCGAGUAUGCGGACAACGGCGAGCCGUUUUCUACGUUUCAUUUUCAUUAUCACUCAAUUGCUGCUCUCAAGGCCCUCUACAUUGUGCCUCGCUCGCCCGAACCACUCGAGCUCAGCGACUGUACCGAGGAUGUCAUCCAGACAUCCACUCGAGGGCAGCUGGAGCAGAUAGUUGCGCGCUUGAGGAGGCAAGAAGAGGUGCGAGACAGGAUGAAGCGGGAGAGGGCCGAAUCUGUCACUGAAGUUGGCGACGACGAGAUAAAUAGAGUGGCUGACGACGACUGCGUGUGCGUUGGCGCUCGUGAGGCGAAGAGGAGGCGGUAUGAGAGGAGACUGCCUAGUGCGGAAGACGAGGUGGUCGAGCUGGAUUGAAGGUCUUUCCUUGGGUGGCUGGGAAGUCAUUGGCCACGCUCGCGGCCGUAAAACAAACAAUAGACAACGCGUACUUGCUUGAGACGGGUGAGCUUGAGGCGUUCCCUUCCUAUUCGACGAUGCAAAAAAUGGUCUUCGGGACUACGUCGUUAGAAUGAGCAUCUACUCG